AUGGCCUCUCAGAACUCGUUCACACAGUCCGAAGGGUUUGUAAACCUCCUAAACAGUCAGUUCAACACUGACUCUUACUCACCGUCCAUAGACUUGGGAUCAUCAGAUAUUCCUGUGUUUAGUACACAAGGAACUGAUGAUCCUGCUGAACCUGCUCUGAAGAGGAAAGUCUGGUCGCCUAAGGAAGACUUGAUCCUCAUUAGUUCGUGGCUCAACACCAGCAAGGACCCCAUUGUCGGUAAUGAACAACGAGCAGGAGCAUUUUGGAAGCGUAUUCAGGUGUAUUACAACAACAACGAAGAUCUAGUUGGGUUGCCAAGAAGAGAGUGGUCUCAAUGUAAACAGCGGUGGGGAAGGAUCAAUGAUCAGGUGUGUAAGUUUGUAGGGUCAUAUGCGGCUGCGCAGAAGGAGAAACGAAGUGGUCAGAAUGAGAACGACGUGAUGAAGCUGGCGCAUGAGAUUUUUUCAACGACUACUCCAUUAAGUUUGCUCUGGAACAUGCCUGGAGAGAGUUGCGGUUCGACCAGAAAUGGUGCACAAGUAGCAAAUUCAAGACGGUGCUUCAACAAAAAGAAGAAAGGUUGA